AUGUCUCCCUCACUUUCUGAAUCGGAUAUCGCAUAUCUGAAAGCUGUGCAAAAGGCACACGUAUUCCAACAGCUAACUGAUUCAGUUUCAUCUGAUUUUGGAGAUGAUGUCGUAGUCGAUUCGAAUAAUGGAGACAUAGACGUCGACCCAAUAGUCGACAAAGCGAAAGAGCUACUGGGUGCCGUCGACGAGAUCAUGGCUUUCGAACUGGACAACCACGCCCUUUCGACGUCUUCUUCACUGGAUCCAUCCAAUCAAUCGACUGAAAUCUUCAUGAGUGACGCCGCGUUCAAAUUCUGGUUCGUCGUUCUUCUUAUCUGCUUCCUAUUUAUUUCCGUCGGAAUAUUCCAUUUCUUCUGUAUCGGACAGAAAAACGUGACAAGAAGGAACUCAUUGAAUAAGAAAACUGGUGAAGAGACGGAUGUAACAACGAUGGAAAUGAUAACAGAAGAGAUUGAGAUGGAAGGUGACGAGGAAAUUGGUACAGUGCCAAAUCGACUUGUUCUUCAGGAUUUUUAA